AUGGCCAUGUACCCAAAGAUCCUCAGAGAGGAGAAGAGGGCAUUGCGACAGCUAUACGCUUUUGAUAUGCUUGUAUAUACAUGCCUGGCUCUUCAGCUAGUAAUUGCCUCGACUCUGGUUAUUCUCUCCGCAAUUAGCGGAGAUCACCAUAUUAUCGUUGCAGUCCUAGGUGCCAUCACUGGACUCAUCACCGGUGUGCUGUCCUUGGUCAAGGGCCAGGGGCAGCCUAUGCGACUGCUCAAUUACGCCGAUAGCCUCAAGAAAGUGCGAGAUGAUAUCGAAUUCUGUGAGAGUGGACUAGAAGCAGGGGUCACUUCUGUGACAUACGAACAGGUUUUGGAUAUCUGGAAUAAGUAUACUUCUGCAAGGGACAGCCAGAUGAGUAAUCGCCCGGAUGUGUGGGCCCCUCAGGAGGGGGAUAGAAGAACCCCUUAA